UAGAUUAUCAUAUCUCAAGCAGUAGUGCAAAGUGAAUUUAGCAAUUGGAUAAACUUCAGUCGGCAUCAGUAGUUGUACAUUGGUUUCAGUCAAUCAGAGGUAAUCGUGCUUGAAACUAUGUGAUUACGAGCAUGAUUUUCCUGGAGACUGUCACUUUAUGUCAUUUCAUUUUAUUUGGUGAUUCUGGUUGAUCUAUUUUGCUGGUGAUAUCGUGGUGGGGACAGCGAGGAAGGUGUUGUUCUCUUUUUGUUUUCACUUUCACUCGGUGUUUGUAGGUUUUUUAGUGAGAAUCUUGAUUAUUCUGGGGGGAUUUUAUUGAUGAUAAAGAUAGUCCGGCAUGGUUGGGACGAGGACAUUGUUGUUUCUGGGAGUUUACUUGGUCGUGAGCUGUGCAACAAGUGAUGGGACUGGGGAUGGAGGUGCUGGGAAUCUUGGUGCUGGUCCACCGGACACCGAAAAACGGAAGAGUCUCGUUCAUGACGAACCCAGUGAAGCACUGAAGACGGUGGCUGAGGGUGUGAGGGUCUCAUCAGACGAGUUAAUCACAAGCCUAAAUGGAAAAUUACCAGUUGAACGCGAUGCAGAGCCGUCUGUCCACCCCCGGAAGAGCGUUAAGAGCUCGAUUUCCCCGAGAAAAGGCGUGGAUCCAGUUUAUCCCACCGAACAACCCAUUACACCCGUCAGUAUUCCAGAAUCCAAGACGAUUAAGCUCGAGACAUCAGAAGAUAUUCAGAAUAAAACAUCAACGAGUUCAACAACAGAGAGAACUCCAUACGACAUUGAUUUAAUGAAGUCAAUUGAAAAAAAUGAGACUAAAAUUGUAAAAGCAACGGAAAAGAUAACAGACAAAAAUUUCAAGCCUAAACCCACGGUGACAAUGGCCGGAGCUAACGAUGUCGUAGAUGUCAAACCGAGUCUAGGAGUUCCCACUAAAAUUCCACCACUUGGAAUGUCAUCGAAAAUUGAUUACGUGGUGCCUGUUAUAAUAACAAUACUCGUAUUACCAUUGUUCGUUCUAUUUGUGAUAUUUUUGUACAGAAAUGGUAGAGAGUGCUGGGAAAAAAGGCACUACAGGAGAAUGGACUUUCUCAUUGAUGGAAUGUACAAUGAAUAAUUUUAUUUCUAGUUGUUAUAGUUUAUUAUGCGCAUUAUUCAUUGACAAUUUUUUUUGAUGUUAUCAUCAAUUAUUCGUUUUUAAAUAUCUUACAUCAGAUUUUGAACCUCGUGGUUGUUGACGGGAAAGCAUUUAUCAUGACAAUUGAGAUAAUAAUAACAGCAAUAAUAAUAAUAAUAAUAGUAAUAAUAAUGGAUUUUGUAGUCAAAUUGUCAGGGCAGAUUAUUAAAUUCUGGGUGGAUGAGCUAAACAUCAAUUUUCCAGUUUAUGCUCUAGUUUGUUAUUUGAUGAUAGCUUUUUUGAUUAAAUAAUUGAUAUUUAUAUCGUUAUUUUUGUUGAAAUCAAAAUUUAUCCGAACCGAAAUACUCUGGGCCUUCGAAACAGUGCAAUUGAACUUGUUAUAUUUUUUUCAAAUGAAUGAAAAUAAUUUAGGGGUAAAAGAGUUUUUGAUUUGCAAUUUUUUGUUAACAAAGUUGCUGAAAUUAUAGAUUUGUUUGUAAUUGAAUGGUAUCGAAUGGGUUACUAUAAAUCCACCCAUAAUUUUUUGUUUUCUGCCUUUGCUGCAAAUUUGUAGAAGUAGAUUAUUGAAGAAAUAAUGCCAACGAUAUUUUUAAAUCUAUAUUUAGAUAGUUACAAUUAUUAUUGGAUUGAAUAAAUAUUAUAUUUUUGAAAACUA